AUGAGUGAAGUUCAGGCGCGUUUGAGAGCCGCGCUCGUGGCAAUCGCGGAAGAAGACGUGAACGCUUUGUAUGAAGAAGAAAUUGAGGAUGCUAUCGCCACCUUGGACGACGGUAUACGACCGGAAGAGGAUGCGGAAGGAACUGUGUCUGGUGCGUGCGCCGCCGUGGGGAGGUUGGACCUUCUCGUAGAGGCGCGCGUGCUCGGGUAUCCUUGGAACGCGAAGACGUGCGCGAAUGCCGCCUCGUCUGGAUAUUUUAGGAUUUUGAAGUACGCGCACGAGCACGGGUGUCCUUGGGACGAGAAGACGUGCAUGGAUGCCGCCGAUGGUGGACAUUUGGACUGUCUGAAGUACGCGCACGAGAACGGGUGUCCUUGGAACACGUCGACGUGCUCAUUUGCCGCCAAUAAUGGACAUUUGGAGUGUUUGAAGUACGCGCACGAGCGCGGGUGUCCUUGGGACGUGUGGACGUGCGCGCAUGCCGCCUCGAAUGGACAGUUGGAGUGUUUGAAGUACGCGCACAAGCGCGGGUGUCCUUGGGACGUGUGGACGUGCCGUGAUGCCGCCUCGAAUGGACAGUUGGAGUGUUUGAAGUACGCGCACAAGCGCGGGUGUCCUUGGGACGAGGAGACGUGCUGGUAUGCCGCCAAGAAUGGACAUUUGGAGUGUUUGAAGUACGCGCACGAGCAAGGGUGUCCUUGGGACGCGAAGACGUGCUGGUAUGCCGCCAAGUAUGGACAUUUGGAGUGUUUGAAGUACGCGCACGAGCGCGGGUGUCCUUGGGACGCGAAGACGUACUUUUGUGCCAUGUCAAAUGGGAACAUGGAAGUCAUACUCUUCCUGAUUGAGCGAGAGCAUCCACACGCGCAGAGUCUACGACUCACCUGGGAAAAAGUAGCGAUGCCGAUUCUCCCGGACGCCGACGCGGUAAUCGGUCUCGAAAUCGCACUUUCUCGACAUCGGCAUCGACACGACGCCGACGGCGGGCACGUCUCCCUUCGCGAAAUCUUGCCUUUCUGGCGAGAGCACAGACGACUGUAUGACGAAGCGCACAGAGCGGCGCGCGUGGACGCGUCGCUACCGGAGAUCGACGAAGAACGGCGACGGGUCACAGAUGCCGGAUGA